AGAUGCACUCCAAACCUCUAGGCAUUAUUCAGGAUGAUAUAGCGAGUCACAGAGUAGCAAACCAAGUUUGAGUAGAUCAAAUUCUACUAUAAGCAUGCGUAUUUGACAUGAUUGGCCAGUCGGCAUCGUAUGUGAACCUCCGUUAUGUUUGGUUUGUUUGCAUUAACUCGACGCUCUCCGAUCUACCAACGAUCCGGUCGCAGAAGAUGUGAAUUGAAUCAACCAUUUCGAAAGACAAAGCGUUCUCAGUCUUUCAUGAAACGAUGACGGUUGAAAGCGAUUCGAUCGCUGGAUCGACGAUUGAGCUCCUGGAAGCUCGUCUGCGCCGCCUGGAAUAUUUGCUUACAGGCGAUGUGAACUGGACCGGAGAACCUACACCAGCCCCGAGGCCAGACGGUCUUGAUGAUACAGUUGCGCGUCGGUUGGCGCGUCUAGAGACCGGAUUGCAAGCGCUCAGCAAAACAAUCCCGGCGGUUCAUGAUGUUCUUCAGCUUCAUGACCGCCAUCCGGAUCUAUUCCGCUCUAUCCCACAACAAGAGAUCCCGACCAGCUUGACCGUGCAGAAUCUCGCGUCGAUCGUCUUGUCGUACGCUUCUGCUUUCCCUGAGACUGCAUCCCGCCUCACGUCCCUGAACGACCUUCCCAUACCCGACGCGGAAGCGUCUGCAUCCCUUGUCGAACUCCAGCCCCGUCUGGAUCGCCUCGCACAGGUGCAGGAAGAGCAAGCGAAGGAAGUAUCCGAAUUGAGAACGCGCAGCGCGAGGGUGCUGCAGCGGUGGUAUGAGAUUGGACUUGUUGGUGGCGGGGAGUGCUGGGUCGAUUGGGAGGGGAGGUUGGAAGAAGUCGAUCGGGAGGUGAGAAGAGAGGAGGUUGUGAGGGAGAAGAGAGCACGUGAAAUCUGAUCUAUAUGACAUCUGAUUCUGUCAUUGCACCCCUGUCCCAGCGGAGGCGGGCUUCGUUGAGAUGGGGGCCUUUUCCUUGUCUUCGUUCGUGGCUAGCUGGAUAGAUACCACCGAGGGGUUCGCUGGAGUUCAAGGGCGUUAAGGUUCAAGACAAGCAACCACAGUCGUUUCAGAUUGUGUAUGGAGCAUUGUGCAUUCCCUGCA